AUUUGCAUUGUUCUACAGGCAGUUGCAUGGAUUGUGCUGGCAAUAUUCUCACUCAUAAGGCUUCAAGCUGAUUAUCUGCUUGUUGUAGGAGUUUGUCUGACCCUCAGCAUUGCAAAUAUUGUUGGUUUUACCAAGUGCAAAAAAGAUGCCAAGAAGCAGAUUCAACAAUUUGCCUCUCAGACAAUUGCCUCUCGGUUCUCGUCUACCCUCCAGUCAGCAUUCAGUGUCGUCUGAUUGUCAAAAAUGGAAAUGCAAGUUGAACCGUGCAUUAUUGAGAUGCGGUGGAAGGUUGUACAUGAUUAUUUCGGCUAGCAUCGGAUUGGAUUCAUUGAACUUGCAUAGUGACUAAUACAACAACUGCAAAAUUUUGUACUUUUUAUAUGAAAUGGCUUGAAUGAGACUUUGACGAUCGAAUUGCAUAGUAGAACAGUUGUUUUUAGUUGUAAAUCUUUUUUUCUUGUAUUCUUUUUGCAUCGAAGGGCUACGAUUCAUAUUAUGUAUGACUGUAUCAAUUGCAACAAAUCUUUACAGCAUAUGAUCAGGAUAUUGACUCA